AUGGACGCGACGAACCGAAGAGAGGUCGUGGUGGGCGAAUGGACACUGAAUAUCACCGCGAGCCCUGACGGCGCCGGGCUUCAGGUCGAAGCCCUGCGGCGCACGCCCGAGCUUGAUGCCGCGGUAAUCCAGGGCAAGGGCGCAUCUCCACCCGAAGAAGGCAGAGUGGCGGUCUGUGUGGCGGACGUUGAGGGCCACCUGGAACCGGCGACCGUCAUCUUGCCAGCCAAUAAGGUGUGGUUUGGGGUCGGUGGGCGGACCAAUAAUAACAAGCGGCCCGCAAGUUCAUCGGUCGGUGACGACAUGGACGAUGCGACCGCGGUCGGCGGAGAAGAAGAUGAAGAUGAAGAUGAUGGCAUGUUGCUUCGCUCUGGAAUCAUGCCGCCGGCUAAGAAGCGGCAGCGCAGCAACAGCACGGCCGAGGCGACCCACCGGCGCCCGGCGAGCGACGAUGAGUACGACGAUGAAGCCAAGCGCGCGCAGAACGACGACCUCGACAGCGACGAGCACGACGUCCUCGAUAGCGAGGGCCACGGCCAGCAGGCGGUGCCCGCCAUCGGUUCAACGUUGAUGCCGCAGCUGCGGGGAGCGAGUGAACAUGUUCGAGUAGAAGGAAAAGAUGAAGCGAAGAAGGAGGACAGGGAAGAGGAGAUGGAAGGAGAGGUGUGGUGGCAGCCCGCGGGCGAGCACCACCUCGGCUUCGCGGAUAUGCCGACCGAGAUCCAGCUGCGCGUCUUUUCGAGGCUGACGCCGAACGAGGUCAUCACGGCCAGCGCCGUCUGUAGGCACUGGCGCGCCCUCUCCCAAGAUACGGGUCUUUGGAGGGACCAUGUGAAUUCGCUCUACGGCAGCCUGGAGGGUCCGGGGGCCUACUACCGCGACAUUUACAUUCAGACCGCGUUGGGCAUGCGGAAGAUACAACAGAUAUACGCCGCCUCGUUGAGAAAGGCGCAGUUCUGCCUGUCUAGCUUGCUCGAGGACCUCACGGCCAGGAAUAUUAAGCAGCUCCUCAGCGUGGGCCUCCCGCUCGAGAACCUGACGCCCUUCAUGAUCGCCGUCAAGCACCGCCACAAGGGAGUUGUCAACCUGUUGUUGCCGUACCUGGCCACCGACGAUGACGAAGACGAUGCCGCUCAGCUUCGCGAGGCGUCGGCGAUGGAGGGCGACGGGUCGGACUUCACGAUCUACGAUCGGUGGAACAACCUGCUCGAGGCCCUCACCAUCGCCAUCUCCAUCCGCGACACCGACACUGCCGUCGUCCUGAUUCGCGCGGGCGCCGACGUGGCGGCCACCAACUGCUUCCAACAGGCCAUCUACAAGGGCGACAAGGAGAUGGUCCGGUUCCUGCUGGCCAACGGCGCCGACAAGGAGGCCCAGCUCUUCCUCAAGGACUACGCCUACGUCACCCCGCUCAUCUUCGCCAUCGAAAUGGAGAACCGCGAGAUCGUCCAGAUGUUGCUGGACGCCGGAGCCGACCCGAACACGCGCUGCGAGCACAUGCCCUACGGCUCGCCGACGCGGGUGAACGUGACGGCGCUCACGGUCGCGGUGGGCCGGUGCAACCUGGAGAUGGCGGGCCUGCUGCUGGCCCACCCGGGGCGCCUCGAGCGGGCCAACUGGAAGGAGGCCCUCGAGCUGGCCAAGGAGCAGCUCCUGGACGUGGCCAGCGAGGAGCGCGUCCACCUGAUCAUGUUCAUGCAGGCCGAGAUCGAGCGGCGACACGCCAAGUGGGUGACAAUGGUGCAGCUGCUCCGCGACUACGCCCACUCGGCCGUCUUCAUUGACGACCAGCACGACCAGGACGAAAAGCCCGGCUGCUUCCUCAUCUACAAGAUGAAGGGGCCAACCUGUGGUUGGUGGUGGAUGGCGCUGGUGCUGGGGGUGUGGCUGGCCAUGGGGUGGGUGGGGCUCGUUGCUGGGGCCGGUGGCGCGGUGUGCCACUGCAACUGCUGCGCCCAGCUCUCUGGCGAUUGCACGGACCCCGCCGCCACCGCCUUCGCUGUGGGCGACUGUUCGCACUGCACGAAGGAGGCCUGUUGGGACCACUUCCGCAAGUGCAAGGACGCGGUCGUCAUUGAGUCAUCGUGUCUCGCGGUGAAGCCGGCGCUGACGCUGGUGGUGGUGCUGUCGUUGCUGUGCGGAAUCGCCAUCCUGCUGAUCCUCUCCGUCCUCCGCUACCACACGCCGUUCAUCCGACGCCUCUUCCGCGGGGCCACACAACUUAAGUUCCCACAAAGUUAUGGAGGUGGCGACAGACACGGCGCUGGCGGUAGCGGCGCUGGUCGAGGGCACGAGGCGGUGGUGGCAGUCCUACUCAAGCACGGGGCGACCGUGGAUGUGCUGGUGGAGGCUGGUGCGGACAUGGGCGUGCGCAGCGAGGAGCGGAUGGUGGUGCUCGAGCAGCUGGUGCCCGUGUUUGUGGUGGGCGGCCGCACGCCCCUCCACUACGCCGCCGAACACGGCUCUCUGGAUUGUGCCAGAUAUCUGGUGAGCGCCGGCGCCGAUGUGGAGGCCAAGGACUUUGACGGCUACGCGCCGUUCCACUUGGCCUCUCUCCACCGCCGGGCCGACGUGGCCGACCUCCUCAACCCCGCGCCGCAGCACCCCGUCGUGCUGCCAUCGUGGGAAGAGUUCGAAUGGCGGUGGCACGAGGACUACCGCAAGCGCAGCGUGCGCGCGGCAGAGCAGUACAAGCACAUCCUGGACGGGCCGUGCUGCUACCCGUGCCGCUACCUCGAACGAUUCCUCGACGAUGAGGACCGUCCACCCGGUGGCAUCGACCACCACCACCACCAUCACCAUCACCCCGACCCUCACACCACCCAGGAGCGGCCGCCCCAGUGA